ACUGUAAAAAAAUACUGGGCUGUUAAUUGUUAAAAUAACGGGGUUUCAAAGAAUUGUAGUUCUGGUGUUUGCUUGGUCUUAUGAAUAAAUGCGCGCCAAACUUUGAGUUGAUUAACAGACACCACUAAAAGAACUGUUAAUUAACAUUAGAAUCAUGUUUUAGCGUAACCUAAUGAGUUUUUAACAGUGGUGCACAGCUGUUAAUUUCGUAUCUUGGAAAGUGGACACUACUCCACAUCGAUAAGAAAUUCAUCGAGAGGUGGCAUCAAUGUUAUCCGAAUUUUCUUAAUUGUACCGUGUGUGUUUCAAUGGAAAAUUCUACAGAAUAAUAUAAAUCUUAGAUAAAGCGGAGUUAAAAACUGUUGGCUGUUUUAUUUUUCGAUUUAUUUUCGACCAACGAUUCAUCGAGCAAUCCAAUAUCUUAUAAAUGCAAAUUUAUCGAUAAUAACUAUGCCAAGCCUGAGUUGAAUUCAAAAGUGACGCUAAGAUCAACAAAACAUUUGGAUCGAUGGAUUCAGCUAAAAGCAAUUCCGUGCUUAUUGCGGUGCGGGAGGCGCCGUUUCGAAAGACAAUCAGUGACGGCAUUAAACGCAAUGAAAAAAGCAUAAUUCAGUUUUCGGAGGAAUGCUCAAAGGCAUUGAUUGUCGAUGGCAACGUAUUCAGUUUUGAUCACAGCUUCGAUUCGACAGUCACACAGUCGAAGCUCUAUGAUACGCUUAUUCAUCCGCUGGUCUUGAAGGUAUUGGCCGGCUAUGAUUGCACAGCAUUGGCCUACGGCCAGACAGGAACUGGCAAAAGCUAUUCCAUGGGCAUGAGUGCCGAGCAAUUGCCCGAGGAGCAUAUCGGUAUUGUGCCACGAUGCUUGGAGGAGAUAUUGAAGCGUAUCUCUAUUGAUGAGCAAAAGGAGAACAAUGGCAUUCCGAAGCUUGUUUUUGCCUCCUAUAUAGAAAUAUACAAUGAAAAAGCCUACGAUCUGCUUGCGCUGGACACCGAGAAGCCAGUGGCAUCGCGUGGACAGCGACGCUUCACGGGCGGCACCUGUCUGCCUCUGAGGAAUCAGCAAGAUCUGAAGCAGAUACUCCUACUAGGUACAAAGAAUCGCCAUGUGCGUUCCACCAACAUGAACAAGAGCAGCUCCCGCUCCCAUGCCAUCAUCACCAUUCACGUUGAGCUGGGCUGCCGCCAUUCGCGACUCAACAUCAUUGACUUGGCUGGCUCCGAGGGUGUGCGCCGCACUGGCAACGAGGGCAUUGCUCGCGCUGAGGGUGUCUACAUAAAUAUGGGACUCUUGAGCAUCAAUAAGGUGAUGCUGUCCAUGUCGGCUGGGCACACAUUGAUACCCUACCGGGAUUCCAUUCUAACAACUGUGCUGCAAGAUUCCUUCAAUUCGCGCUCCUAUCUAACACUGCUAGCCUGCGUUAGUCCACAUGCUUCCGAUCUGUCGGAGACCAUCUCCACGCUCCGCUUUGCCAAGAGCGCCAAACAGGUGAAGCUGACCCCGCAGGUCUCCCAGCAAUUGCAGCAGAUCGAGCUGAAUUUGGUGAGUAAUGCAACAACUAUAUAUAAUUAUAAUCUACACAGUCCAAUAUCGGGCGCGUCCUCGCUGCGAAUGGUCACAAUGGGCAACACCAUCAUGGCCAGCAGCAAUCCCACGGCUCCCUUCUCGUGCAGCUGUUGCCUGAACGCAGCCAAUGGGAACACGACUUCCGGCAGCUCGCCCAGUCUUUCAAGCCAGAUACAGCUCGAGCAUUGGCUGGAAGUGCUGCCGUCGAAAGGCUCGCGUGGUGCAGCUGAACAGGAAGGCGUCCAGUGCGCUGUGCUUCAGCUGCUCAAAGUAUGCGGCCAGGCCCAGAUCAGAGCGCCGCUGCUCAAAUAUGUCCAGCAUUUGCUGAAACGGCGCAAGCUGCUGCGGCUGUUUCUGCUUCAUAGCCAAGGAAACUGCGUGCAGCUUGGCAUAGGCGCCCAUGACGAGGGCAACCGCUCAACCAAAAAGAGUUCCAUCAGUGGCAUGCCCCAGUGCCAAGGGCGUUUGCUGCCCAGCUCAAUAGUCAUCAAACGGCACACGAAUACCAACUCCAAAGCAGCCGUCGUAACUAGCUUCUGCACACCCAUCAAGAAGACUAAGCCGGCCUUAUUCUUGCAGCGUUAUCACUCCGACAUAGGCUUAACACCCAAGGCCAAGGAUCGUGCGCGAGCAUUGCUGGACCCCAAGCCAAUUAUCGAUCCAGACGAGCGGCCGCAGCGAAAUGGAUUAUUGCCCGCGCUGGGCGAGAGCGACUGCAGUCUGGAGAAAGUGCAGCCGCAUCUGGCCGUGCCAACUAUUUCGGACUAUAUGGAGCUUAAGCUGAAGUAUGAGGCACUGCAGCGCAAUCUAAUGGAGCAAGAGGCGCCCGACCAGCCCGACAAACACGAUGUAGCCGCUGAGCGGCAACAGUUGUCCCUGCUCAGCUACUGUGAGUUCACGUCCGAUCUUACCUCCAUAGCCGAGGAGCACGAUAAAGUUCCUGCGCCGCGCUGUCAGCUAUUUACCAGCAGUCCUGAUAGCUGCAGAGGUCCGAAUCACAGUUCAAUGCAUAUCCGCAACGUAUCUCCAGUGCCAGCCUCAGCCUCUCCGAUUGUGGAGACCAAUGCAGUUGUACCAACUGUGGCUUGCCGUCGAUCGAUGCGUUUACUUAGUCGCCAGAUGUGCAUUGAAGAAAUCAAAACGUUUCCGGAUCAGAGGAAGCUACGACGCAGCACGCGAAUUAGCAAUCAGACGCAAGUCAAGUCCAUUCUGAAAUCCGAAUUGACAUCCAAAGUUCUUGGCAAGUCUGAGACGGGCGUUGCCCUCGAGCGUUUCUCGGCCAGUUGCAGCAAAGGCAGCCAGGAUACACGCCUGCGCAAGCACCGGUCCACGCUAUUAUCGAUGCUGAACAGUGCUACCGUUAAGGACUUGCAGGCAUUGCCCCACAUCGGACCCAAGACAGCGUUAGCCUUGGUCAUGCAACGCUCGGUGCUGGGUCGCUUCAAAAGCUGGAAGCAAGUGCAAAAGCUGCCCAUUUGGACUGAGAGCAGUUGGACUCGCUUCGCCAAGGCCGUUUGUAUAGAGAUUGCCAAAUAGCCGAAACUUAAGCUGUGCAUAGCGCCUAGAACUGUAUUCGCAUAAUGCAUUUUUAUUACUUAUUUAUACAUAAGUUCCCCAAGCAAUAUUAACAUAGAAUAAGAGUAACGACAAUCCACAUCUUCAACUCAAAAUAGCUCAACUUAAAUUGUAUUUAGUUAGCAACAAAUUGUGCUCAGCUUAACAUUUAAUGAG